CUUCAUUCAUCUUUUCAUUCUUCUCUGAACUCUUAUAUCACUUCUUCCUAUUCUUACCUCUAACCGUCAUCAUGUCUCUCGGCAAGAAGGUUACCCUCAACUCCGGCGCCCAAAUCCCUACCCUGGGAUUCGGUACCUGGCAGUCUGCCCCUGGUGAGGUCGGUGAGGCCGUCUACCAGGCCCUGAAGGCCGGUUACCGUCACCUGGAUCUGGCUACGAUCUACCAGAACCAGAAGGAAAUCGCCGUCGGUAUCAAGCGCGCCUUCGAGGAGUUCAACAUCAAGCGUGAGGAUGUCUUCAUCACCUCCAAGCUCUGGAACAGCCAGCACCACCCCGAUGUUGUUGAGAAGGCUCUCGAUGACUGCCUGGCCGAGUGUGGCCUCGACUACCUUGAUCUCUACCUCGUCCACUGGCCCGUUGCCUUCAAGACCGGCAACGAGUACUUCCCUCUCGUUGAGGGCAGCACUGUCCCUGGUGGCGACUGCGUCAUCGACGACAGCAUCUCCAUCGUUGACACCUGGAAGGCCAUGAUCAAGCUCGACAAGAAGAAGGCCCGCGCCAUCGGUGUCUCCAACCACAUGGUUGAGCACCUCGAGGCCAUCAUCAACGCUACCGGCGUUGUCCCCGCUGCCAACCAGAUCGAGCGUCACCCCGUCCUCCAGAGCCCCAAGCUGAUCCAGUACUGCAAGGAGAAGGGCAUCCAUGUCACCGCCUACUCCGCCUUCGGUAACAACAUGAUCGGCGAGCCCCUCCUCAUCACCCGCCCCGAGAUCAAGGCCGUCGCCGAGGAGGCUGGCAAGCGUCUUGGCAAGGAGGUCUCCCCCGCCCAGGUCAUCCUCGCCUGGUCCCAGGUCGGUGGCCACAGUGUCAUCCCCAAGUCUGUCACUCCCGCUCGUAUCGCUGCCAACUUCCAGGAGAUCGAGCUCACCGACGAGGAGAUCGCCAAGGUCACUGCCCUUGGCACCGAGCGCCGUUACAACGUCCCCUACGUUGCCAACAAGCCUCGCUGGAAUAUUAACGUCUUCGGUGAGCCUGAGGAGGCUCCUGCUGACCACAAGGUCAUCCUUUAAGUGUCUCGAUGAUGUGCUGGUCACGUUUAAUGAUUGAUGUUUUGUUUGUAUAUCCAAAUGGAGGGUAUAUUGGUGCAUAUACAUAGUAUAUAUAUGAAUAAAAGCUAAAAUGUAUACAAUCA